GCCUUUUAAGCGCAAUUCCUCACGAAAAGUUUAAACCCUUGUGACCACCACGGUCUCUGAUCUUCUCUGUCUAUCUCCCCUACUAACCUGACACCAGUGGUAGAACCUACAGCGAGCAGCGCAUCUAUAGGGGGUUUGCAAAGGAGGCGGACCCAACGCGACCCCCACAAUUGAGUUUCAGAGUGUGUUACAAUGCCGACCAUUUCUCUGGAGCGCAUUGAGUAGCUGUUGGUUCACAGAGCAACGGUCCGAAUGCGCGUUAAAACCCACGCUUGCAGAUACUUUAUCACGUUUCUUGAGAAAAGGAGAGAGCAUAGGCGCACGGAGGAAGACUCUCGUCAUUUUAUUUAUUGCCACUCAUCAGAGGACUUAACUCCGUGACAAGAACCUUUGAUAUUCAGGAAACAAUUAUCUUCACUGAACACACAAAACCAAAGCGAGUCUGUUACAUCCUGGAGGAUGGAACCUGCUCAGUCAGAGAUGAACAUCUUAUCCAACGGGAAAAGUCAUGAUCUGGGAGAUGAAAUGAGUGUGCCAGUGAAGACGUUUCCAGAAGAGGAUCAAAAUGGCACUCAAACAGUCAGAUUUGAUGAUCCUGAAGGAGGACUGGAGAAUGAGGAAUUUUUGCCCACUGCAGAUGGAAAGAAGCCUCCCCGCUUCACAGAUUUUGAAGGAAAGACCUCUUUUGGCAUGUCUGUCUUCAACCUGGGAAAUGCUAUUAUGGGCAGUGGGAUCCUGGGAUUGGCCUAUGCCAUGGCCAACACUGGAAUACUCCUAUUCUGGUUUCUUCUAACUGCUGUAGCAGCUCUGUCUUCUUACUCCAUUCAUCUGCUGCUCAAAUCCUCAGGCAUUGUAGGGAUUCGAGCUUAUGAACAGCUGGGGUACAGAGCCUUUGGCACUCCAGGAAAAAUGGCUGCUGGUAUCGCUAUCACCCUGCAGAACAUUGGAGCCAUGUCCAGCUACCUGUACAUCGUCAAAUCAGAGUUACCUCUGGUCAUCCAAGCUUUCCUGAAGGUCGAACCCAGCUCUGAACUGUGGUACUUGAAUGGAAACUACCUGGUCAUGAUGGUCUCUGCCAGUAUCAUCCUGCCCCUGGCUCUGAUGAAACAGCUUGGUUACCUUGGCUAUACCAGUGGCUUUUCUCUCAGCUGCAUGGUGUUUUUUCUCAGCGCAGUUAUCUACAAGAAGUUUCAGAUUCCCUGCCCGUUUGAGGAGUACUCCUCUAACAGUACUGCUGCCCUCCACAGUCUGAAUGUCUCAAGUCACAGCCAUGAGUACAACAACGGUCUAGCUCAUGAGGAAGAGGACUGCUCCCCCCGAAUGUUCACCAUCAACUCCCAGACAGCAUACACCAUUCCCAUCCUAGCCUUCGCCUUUGUGUGCCACCCUGAGGUGCUCCCCAUCUACACUGAACUCCGCAACCCAACAAAGAAGAAGAUGCAGAAAGUGUCCAACCUCUCCAUCUUAGUCAUGUACACAAUGUACUUUCUGGCAGCUCUGUUUGGGUACCUGACCUUCAAAGGCAAUGUGGAGCCUGAACUGCUGCACACUUACAGCAGGAUUGACCCUUACGACACUCUGAUCCUGUGUGUGCGAGUGGCCGUCCUCACAGCUGUAACACUGACUGUCCCUAUUGUGUUGUUCCCCGUACGUAGAGCCAUCCAGCAGAUGAUAUUCCCAACCAAGUCUUUCAACUGGCUGCGUCACACUGCCAUCGCUGUCGUUCUGCUCACCUUAAUCAACAUGCUGGUGAUAUUUGCCCCUAACAUCUUGGGCAUCUUUGGCAUCAUUGGUGCCACAUCUGCUCCAUGCCUCAUCUUCAUCUUCCCCGCUGUCUUUUACAUCCGCAUCGUCCCGAAAGAGGAUGAACCCAUGAACUCUAAACCCAAGAUACUGGCUGCGUGUUUUGCUGCCCUGGGCGUCUCCUUCAUGGUGAUGAGUCUGAGCUUCAUCAUCAUCGACUGGUCUACAGGGGGCGGUCAUGCUGCAGGAGGCCACUAGAUGCUGCUACAGAGUGUGUGUGUGUGUAUGUGUGUGUGUGUGUGUGUACGCAAGUAUUUUGGGGGAAAGGGAGCAUUAUCACCUCAGUGGGAACACACUACAGGGCUGCCCAGCUCACACCCUGGGCUUUAUAUCCGUACAAAACAUACAGAGCAGUAUGUUGGAAUAUCACAAUACUGAUCAAGCUCUUUAACCUUGUGACUGGAAUGUAACACAUAUCUGACAUAUUGAAUUAACAUAGUGCAAUGCAAUUUCUAUGAAUAAUUAGGACUGAACAGGGUCUGUUUAAUUCAUUUCUGUUAGAGAGUGACUAUGUCCAUCCAUGAUGGUGAAAAGGUCCUUUCCUGUUGCCACCUCUUUAUUUCCACACAAACAGCUGCAGCUGGUACUGUACAGGAGAAAAAACACAUGAUUGUCUUUUGGCCAAGGACAAGAAGACAUCAGGAUAUAAACAGAGAGAUUAACGGUGAAAUAACUUGUUAUUUUUACAGAAAUGUCAAUUAUUUUUAAAAAGACGCACAAAAAUGGAAGGUCAGAUGAUCUCAUUUCUAACCAGCAGCCUCUGAAAAGUUCAUUAAGGUGUCAGAUAAAGACAAAAAAAAGUGCUUAAACGCCGUAGAGAGCAGAUGACUUUUCACAUUGUGAUCUCUCGAGAGCCAGAAAAGCUUUUAAGUUAAUUGUCUAGGCUUUUGUUUCAGACCUGCAAACUUUCUUCAGAAACCCUGGUGCCUUUAAGCGUUUGGAGCAGCACUCAAACAUACAGUUUUAGAAGAAAAAAAACAGGAGUGUAUAUUUAUUUAGCUACUUUAUCUGUGUUUUUAAUUCAGAUGGACUAUAUUUAACUACUGUAUAUGAUGAAGUCAAUGAUCCAAGUAUAUUAUGUAGUAUGUCAUUUUUUAUUUUAGCUUAAGUAUAAACAAGAAGGAGCAUGUAAUGAUGAAGUGCUUUAUGAAAUACUAAGAGGUUGAUUUUAGAACAAAUAUGCCAAACUGUGACCGUAGAUAUUAACCAAGUAGAGUUUAAGUUAACCACGACAGUUUUCCUUUGAUUUUAGCUAAGUAAUCACAUCAGUAUGAAUUUUUGAAUCCUACUUUAAAGUUUUAAAUUAUAAGAUUUAACAAAUUGAGAAAACACUUCUUCACACUCUUUGAUAAACUGAAUAAUCAACAUUAUUUUACCACAUUUUUUUCAAGUUUGAUCCCCAAACUUGAAUCAAAUCCAUAUUUAGUAAACAAUUUAGGGAACAUUUUAUGCAUUUGCUUUCCCAGUUAGUGAAGCAGAUUAACACCACACUAUUAUAUCUGUAAGAUACCACUAUAGACAGAAGGCAGUUAGUGUAGCUUACCAUGACGUGAGGGUGAACUGCCCGCUAUUUUAUAGCCAGGUGAAAUAAACAGCCCAUCAGCACAGGUAUUGACACAUCAAAUCUAUUUUAGGUCUUCAAAAGGCAAAAAUAUGUGGCAACUUGAGGAUAAUAAGUAUAUUAAAUCCAUGCAAAUAAAACCUAACACUGUAUUAGCAAGACAUCACAAAGGGUAUGCUAGAAAAGUUGUUUAUUUUUGUUGUUCAUGUGAACUCAUACCCUCUCGGGUUCGCCUGGCAAUGUGUGUUUGUAAACAUUGAUCCACAGGUGGGUGUGGUGGAGUUAAUCCAGUUUAUUUGAUUAAUUUUAAGAUGUAUAAGGCUUUUUUAAAAAAUUGUGCUGUAACGUCUUUGCUGUACUGGUUUGUAGUUCUUUGAUCUGCGAUCACCCUUGUUGACUAAUUAAUUCUGAUUUAUACUUCUGCGUCUCCCCUACACAGCAGGGGCAGACUUGAAGUUUUGUGUUUGCAUGCUGUGAUGUCACGUCUGUCCAUGGUGUGUAUGGUGACCUGCACAGUAACACAGACUUUCACGCUUACACUGUCAUAUAUAUAGAUGUUAUUGUAAUACUGUACUUUUGGCAUCUUAUAGUGAAGUGUAUUGGAGUUAAGACAUGUGCUGUUGUUAUUAUGGUGUUAUAUCAGUGUUAUGAAGCCUGGUGUCAAAGAUGCUACAUGGUGCAAACAUUACUUUUGCUUUAGCUUAAGUUAGGUAUUUGGUUAUAUGUUGUUGGUAAUCGUUCAGGCGAGUUUUGUGUCCCAUAAUAGCACUGACAACUUACAAGACAUUAUUUUUUAAAGAUUAGAGGAUCAUUUUAUUUUAACUAAAUAUAGAUCACAGAUUAAAAAAUUAUAUCAACUGCACAAGCUGUUAAGCCUGACAAAAUAGACUCAGUGAAAUGUCAUAACAAAUAUAUGCUGCUCUUAUCCAAAGAAGGUUUGAAGAAGUAAUGACUAAUCAUUACUCUUCUCCUUUUAUUUAUGUUGAACUAUUUUAUGUUUGUUACACAGUUUUGAUUCUUGAUAUUUGUGGUUGAUUUAGGAACAACAGUAGAGGAAACAUGUAUUUACAUCCAUCCCUUUUCUUUAGCACAUGCUACCAGCAGUGAUGGGCGUGGUGUAGCUUUGUCAUAUUUAGUACACAGAGUUUCUCUUGAUUUUAAGGGAUUGUGCCAAAAUAACAACUGACUACCUGCUGCUUUGAAAUGCCUAAUGCUUUAAAACAGGUACACAGUUCUAAAUCUUGACAUAAUAUUUCUAACAUGAUAUUUUCAUUUACUUAAACUGAUCAAUGUGGUAUUUUGUUAUAGCUGUUGUUCUGACAUAAAUCCAUGAGCAUGACACGACUAUAAAAGUAUAAUAUGGCCCAUGAAUUUUGAUGAAUAAGACGUGGCUUUCUAUAAAUAAUGUAUAUAUAAAUGUAAACCUUUUAUAUUUGUGAUGCAUAUUUACAGUAGCUUGUAAAGUGUAAAUAGCAGGGACAGUUUUAGUUUGGCAAUAAAAUAAUUGUAGAUGUUUUUA